GCUUUAGAUGUUGCUGCUCAUGAAGGCCAACUCCAUGUGAUUCAGCUUAUAAUUAAUCACGCCGUGCACUUCAACGUCAGCGAAGGAUAUCAUGAGAGCGCGCUCAAAGCUGCGGCUUACAAUGGCCAUCUACGCGUAGUCGAGUAUCUUCUCGAUGUGGUUGAAUACAUGAAUAUUGGGACAAAUCGGUCUCGCACCGGGGCAAAUGGUGAUCAGAUCAAUGGUCUAUAUACUGCACGUGCCGCAGGUCGUAUAGGCCCAGUAAGAAAUCCACUCGAAGACCACAGAGCCGGGAAUACGAGCUCGGAAAUCAAGGAGAUAGCGCUCCGGCUUGAUAAGGUCCACAGACAGCCAGAGAUCAUACAGAUGCUGCGCAAUCACGGCGUCAUCGAGUUUCCGCAUGAUCGUCGCCAUUCUUUCGGGACCGCCUUAGCGGCUGCAGCACAUAGAAGACACACAGACAUAGUGCGCACGUUGCUCAGGACAAAUCUCAAUGUCGAUGAUGCUCAAUGGUAUCGAUAUGCGGGCCCGGGUGAGCGGCGUGGUCAUCUAGAGAUUGUUCGAGUCUUACUAGAAGCUGGAGCUCAAGUCAACAACAAGACUGCGUCUCAUGGCUAUGCCCACCAUGGAGCCUUAGCUAAAGGCCACGAAGACGUAUCGCUCACUUUCUUGGAAUUUGGGGCGGACAUACGUGCAAUUGGGGGCAAAUAUGAGACAGCUCUUCACGCUGUCGCUGUCGCUGUCCGUGGCAUCCUGGGAGUUAUAGAGAUGUGUUUAGAAUCCGGGAAUUGACGAGAAUAUGCUCAGCGAAACGCAUGAGACUGCACUCUGCGUUGCGGCUUGGAAGCGGAGCAGCGAGGAAGUCAUGCAAUUCCUUCUGAUCACGGCGCGAAUGUCAAUCAUGACUCGGGACAGUGGGAUACACUACUCGAACUCGCUUGCGAGAAUGAUCGUCUCGAGCUGGUUGAACUAUUCAUACAUAACGAUGCCGACAUU